CCGGGAUGUCUCUAAAACACCUGUUUUUAUUGAGACCCCAAAUUGUACCACAAACAAGCGUAAAACAUACUGCUUCUGUUAUAUUUCUGCAUGGUUCGGGAGAUUCAGGGUUUGGUGUUCGACAAUGGGUCAGUGAUCUGAUAGACGAUGAGUUGACGUUCCCACACAUAAGGAUGAUCUAUCCGACUGCGCCAGAAAGGCCUUAUACACCAAUGGGAGGACAGAUUAGUACAGUGUGGUUUAACAGAAGACGUAUCGCUAUCAACGACUCUGAAGAUCUUGAAUCAACAGACUAUAUGUGUGAGAAAAUAAAUGAGCUCAUAGAUGCUGUGGUUUCUAAUGGUACUCCAGAGGAAAGGAUAUUACUUGGCGGGUUCAGUAUGGGAGGUGCCAUGGCUCUACAUGUAGCUUAUAGACAUAAAAGAAAACUGGCUGGUGUUUUUGCAUUGUCAGCAUUCUUAAACAAGGACUCUGCAGUUUAUAAGUCACUACAGGGUCAAAGUGGUCCCUUACCCCCAUUAUUCCAGUGUCACGGUGGAAAGGACCCCCUAGUAUUAGAGCCCUGGGGUGAGGAUACAUCAAAGACAUUACAAUCAUUAGGAGUUCAAACCAUUUACAGGACGUUUCCAAACCUUUAUCACCAAAUGAACACUCGAGAGAUUAUGCAAUUAAAAGAAUGGAUAUUUACAAGACUGCCAAAUUUAGAUGCUGCUUCUAAUUCCUGAUGCUACUUCUCAUUACAGUGUUACUUAAUAUAUUUAAUAUUCAGA